AUGGAGUCGGAAAGAUUGCGAGCCCUCGAGCGCCAGUUCAAGAUCCGCGUGAAGACGGGUUGCACCACCUGCCGCAUCCGGCGAGUCAAAUGUGACGAGACAAAGCCCGCCUGCAUUCGAUGCACCAGAACAGGACGGAAGUGUGAAGGCUAUACAGAUGCUGCCUUGUCCCGGAAGUCCUCGCCCGCUGCCGCUGCAGCAUAUCGCAACUCAUCAUUCCUGUCUAUCCCAGCUAGGGCCUCAGCGCCAAAAGUCCGUAUUUCAAGAAACCCAUCGCCAACUCUCUUCGACAGUCCAGCCGAGAACCGCUCGUUCGCAUACUUCCAAGCCAACACCCUGAUCCAAUGGACCGAAUUCUUCGACUCAGAGCUCUGGAGCCAGGAAAUCCUGCGAAUGAUGUUUCAUGAGCCAGCCAUCAAGCACGGUGUGCUAGCUCUCAGCACCAUGCAUGAGGUCUACAGCUCGAAUUCGAGGACCCUGGCAGCCAGCCCGGGCGACUACGCCUUCAAGCAGUACAUGGACGCAGUCAUGCACUCCAAUCAGCUUCUCGUAUCGUACCAAACCGGCCAGACUUCUGUAGAAACCGUGCUCCUAGCCUGCAUCAUCUUCGUCUGCUACGAGAGUCUUGUGGGUAACUACAAGGCUAUGAACAUGCAUCUUCGCAACGGCCUGCGGAUUCUGGACCAACAUAAACACCGACUCUCGCAUGGCGUGGACUUUCAAGAUGCGAUUGUGGGAGUGCUCCACCGCUUCGACUUCCAGUCCAUGACCUUCUCGGACAGCACAUCCCCUUACUUAUACCACGAAACGGCCCCAGUAUUUCCAGUAAUACCUCCAGCGUACUCUAGCACUGCAGCUGCCCGUACCGACCUCGUUUCGCUCCUCCGCUCCAUGAUGUGGAUUACCAACAUUGCAACUGGAGACGUGCCAGGCCUCACAAUCGACGGACCAGAGUUCGCCGCAUCUUCCGCGCAGCUCCUUGGAGCAUUCCCAGCAUGGACAGCAUCAUUAGAGGCGUACUGCUCCAAACUCUCCCCUACGGCCCUCCAGGACCCGAAGACCUACGCCGGCGUCACGCUUCUCCGGAUCUACUGCAUCAUGUGCCAACUCAUCAUCUCCGUAGGGUCCAUCACAGAAUCGCUCUACGAUGACCACCUCGAAACAUUCCGCACCAUCAUCGACCUAGUCGCCACCCUCCCAUCCUUCCAACUCCCCGGCAGCUCGCUAUCCGCCUCUCCCGCCUCUUCCGCGCCAACACCCACUCCCCACCACACAAACUCAGGCUCCUCCUCCUCCUCCUACCUCUACGAUACCACUCCCCCUCCCAACCCCACCACUCCCCCCUCUGCCUCCGACUACAUGUCCAACAGCCCUCCCCAGUCCCAACUCCCCACCCGCUCCCGCCCCUUCGCCUCCGAUAUCCCCCCCGACUCCCCUCCGUACCGCACCCCCCGCGCCCGCCCGGCCUCCUUCUCCCCCUCCUUCGAGCUCUCCCCCAUCGUGCCCCUCUUCCUCUGCGCAACCCGCUGCCGCGACCCGAUCCUGCGGCGGCGCGCCAUGGAACUGCUGCUGAUCAGCCGACGGCGGGAGGGCGUGUGGGACUCCGUCGGCGCGGCGGGGGUGGGGGCCGAGGUGUGCAAGAUCGAAGAGGGGCUCUGCAGCUCCGACUGGAGCGGGGACGGUGAGGACAUCACGGUAGCCGUGCCGCCGCUGGGGUGGGUGCGCAGUUGCAAGGACAUCCCCGAGGAGUGGCGGGUGAAGGAGGUGCAGACGACGGCUAGUAUCGAGACGCGGACGAUUGAGGUGCAGUUUGUGCGGUAUGGGGGGAGUAUUUGGCGGACGGUUAGGUUUUGA